GGUCUCGCAUUCAACUCCAAGAACAGGUCAAGCUCCAUGGUCGACCGAAAUCGUUCAAGCUUGCUCCAGGGUGUGAUGCUGAGCGUGACAGAGCGAUUUUGUUCUCUAGUGAGAACACUUUUUGGCAUUAGAUAGUCGUGAGCUCGUUGCAAUGUGUCUUUAGCGACAUGGUGUCUGAAAUAGUCUGCAAGGUUCUGGGCUGGUUCUACAAUCGAAGGGACUCUUUCCGGCGAGCAGUAUACUCUUUCCGGCUCUUCCUCCUUGGUUUAUGAUGCAACUCGAAUAAGCAAGCUAAUGGUUAACAUGGUUAAUGGUAUUUGUUAUGAUUGUUCGCUAUCAACAGGUUCCUGAUGGUUUUCGCUUUACAACUGAUUAUCAUACGGAGUUCAGGGAGGAUAGUGAAGACCGUGGACAGGUUGUACCGCACGGGCUGAAGGCAGAAGUUAUAUUUGAACAACUCUGCCACAGGCAACCUGGGAGGUACAUAGAACAAGGCAGGCGACCCCAUCACGUGAAACAUCCAAGCUUUUUGGAUCUUACUUCAGUGAUUCCGGACUGCAAAAUUUACUUAGCAUUCUCUUCAAACAGCUUCAAGUAUGGGCGAAAAUAUUUCAAGGCAACUAAAAUAAAAAGAUUCGAUUUGUUAUGCGAUUUUAUUUCAAAUGAAAGAAUCGACUAUGCGACACUGGAGGAGUUAGUUUAUGGACUUUCAAGUUUCAACGAGGAAAGUACUGAUGGGCGACUACCACUUGUAGAAGCUUGUCGCUGUGGUAACAGCCAAGUUGUUGAACUCUUAUUGAGAGAAGGGGCAAACAAAAACGUUGGAGAUCGUAAGGGUAUGAUUCCAUACAUAGAGGCUGUCUGCAGCGGGAAACUGCGUCCAGAGAUAAUGCCACAACUUAUGCCAAAUGAUGCCAAGAACUUAACGUGGAUUAUUGCGAUGAACCCACAGGCCAUAGCUCAUUUCGCUCGGCAGGAGAAAAAUUGGGUGUUGGAGGAAAUAACGAAACUGAAGAGGACACUGGAAACGGUUUGCAACGACAAGUACAACGCUGAUGAAUUGGAAAACCUUCCAAAGUACGGUCACUUACUACAAGGCGUGACUACGAUUUUCCAAGCGAAUCGUUUACAAAAGAGUCCAAAAAGGGUCUUUUCAGGCGACACAAGUAGCAGGUCAAUGGAUUUUAUCAAAAGUCCCGUAAGUUUAUGAAUUUCGAGUAUUUUCGAGUU